AUGACCUUGAAGGAAGAAGAAGAAGAAGGAGACGACCGGAAGCAAUGUCGAAGGAGAAAGACGGAUCAUUUACUGCUCCCGGCUAGUGUCACGGCGAGAAACAGACAGACAAUUCUAAAGCUCCUUCUGCAAAUCUCUAUCUACGUACUCUGGCGUGAGAGAAAUGCGAGAAUCUUCACAGCUUCUACGACUCCGCCGGCUAUUAUGAAGCGUCAGGUAGACCGUCUGAUGAGGGACCGCUUGAUCUCCUUCCCCGUUACGGAUUCUGCUCCCUCUCUCCUAGAGUUUUACUUCUCUAUUAUAUCUCCGAUAUGA